AUGCAUUGCUCGCAUUGUUGUGACAGCUGUUCAUGUUUGUUUCCCAAGCGCAAGCAGAUUCGCAAUCGCUUCUAUUUUCCUGAGAGCCGUUUGUUAUUUGGUGCAAACGAAGCUUGGGAAAGCAAAAUGCAUCCGGACUCGGGCCACACCACCUACGAACUGUCCAACCAAACGUGUAGAUUAUGCCUGGGCAACAAGGAAGAAGUGGCAGCGCUCGAUGCAUCGUUGACGGAAAACGAGCUGACCAACGUCAUCGAAGGCAUGUUCAAGAUAGAUCUGGAUGAAAAUUGGCCAUUCCACAAUGCGUGCUUCAAGUGUAUCAAGGAGGUUCAGCUGAUUGAAAGCAUUCGGUCCGAGUUUUAUGAGAAAAAUAGAAUAUUCGAUGUGCUUUGGACCCAGUACAAGCGGAUCCACCUGCAAGAUGAGACGUCCACCAGCGGCAAAAAGUAUGUAUCGAAGGAAAUCGAGGAAAGCAUGCCGGCCGAGUACGUCAUCGAAGAGUUGGUGGUGGAAAAGUCACAAAUGGAGAUGCUGCAGCCGGACAUGUUGCAUAAGGAGGAAAACGCCGGUGCGGACCUGAUUAUAAAGGUGGAAGAACAGGACGAAGACGAGCACGGCGUACAGGAGGAGCUGGUGUACGAAGAGAUGACGCUAAGCGAAAGCGAUAUCGAUAUGGAUGCCAUUAUCGAGGAAGAGAAGGACGCAAUGCACGAUACUAGCGAGGUGGGCAUCAUCGAAGACCAUAUGGUGGAACAGGACGAGCAGGAGCAAACCGUGUCGGAAGGCUGUGAUUCGGAACACCAUAGCGACAAACUGUACGAAACUGGCGAAGAGGAGGAAGACGAUGGAUCACCCGACGACGAAGGCUACUUCGAUGAGACGAUCAUUCGCUGCUACAUUUGUAUGGCGUGCGUGGAAUCCGAAGGCUCGCUGCAGGAACAUUUGACCACGAUGCACGGGAACCUGCUACCGUUUCACUGCGACAAGUGUUUGCUACAAUUCCACUCCAUCCACGAGGUGAACCAGCAUCUCAUCACGCACGUGUUUCCGUUCGUUUGCCUGUACUGUCCACGAAGGUACUGUAAGGAGCGACUGUUGCGCGUGCACAACAAGGUUUGCAGUUCGUACCGGUGCGUGCUUUGUCCGGCCGAGUUUGUCAUCAAGGCUCAUCUGAUUGCCCACAAGCGACAACACACGGCCGAGCUGCGGAGCUCGAAUAAGUGCAAACACUGUGGACGAUCGUUCAAACAAGUGAGCAAGCUGCGACGGCACAUACAGUCUGGCGAGUGUAGCGGUUCAAAGUCCGAACCAAAGCCAUCCCCCGAGGCGUCGGUAAAUCGGUCCAGAAUUGGCAGACAUCUGCUCGUCUGUCAGGUGUGCAACCGGAAGUUUGAUAAUAACUCUCACCUGGCCCGUCACUUCGAGCGAGACCAUGCGGAAUUCCGACUGCCCCUGUUCCCGUGCGACGUUUGUCCGAAGAAGUUUACCUCGUUCGAGAAAAGUAUCCGGCACCGGGCGUACCAUCGCCGUUCGACCGCAAAACCGAAGGAAACGAAAAAGGGCAAAGAAUCGGACACCGUGUGUAAGAUAUGCAACAAGGCGUUCCGGGUGGACCAUCAACUGCUGCGCCAUCUCACCGAGGACCAUUCACUGUCGCUCGAGCUGUUCGAGUGUGAACAGUGUCCGCGUAAAUUUUCGACCGAAUUUAAGCUGCGCAAGCAUCAGUACAACAGCCACCGGGACAAUAAGCCGAUGUUCGUGUGUUCGCACUGUGGACAAAAGUUCGAGAAGAAGCUAACGCUGAAGGACCACGAAACGAAGCAUCUGGGAACGCCGGCGUACAGGUGUACCGAGUGCAACAAGACGUUCAUUCACAAGCACAGUCUCGAUCGUCAUGCACUGGUUCACAGUGACGAGAAGCAGUUUGCGUGUGACUUUUGCUCGAAGACGUUUAAGCGCAACACGACGCUGGUCAUUCAUCGGCGGAUACACACCGGGGAAAAGCCGUACCAGUGUGAACCGUGCGGUAUGCGGUUUAUCGAUUCGAGCACACUGAUAAAACAUCGCCAACGGGCACACAUUAAGGCGGAAUGACUAACGACAGCCGAUGGGUUGAACGGGGCAGAGAAAUUGUCUUCUUUUACUUUGUUUGCGCGAGGCGUGUAAUAUGGUGGCAAGCGCGACUGGACCAGACCAUCGCAAACCUGUUUUGCUGAUCGUUUAAAAGUGCACAUAAAUGUUAUAAUGUCCUGUGUAAAUUUUACUUUUAUUUGAAUCUGACUGAGCCUGCUAAUGAUAAAACCAACUCCAUUUACACUUCUUUUUUUUGUGCAAAAGUAGUAAGGUUGCUCAUUAAGCUUAAGGAUAAAUAUUCUCCAACUGUUGGUCGAAUAAAGCAGAAAGUUUGAGUUACAUAUGACGAAAUGUAAGUUUGGGAGAAAAUGAUACACAGCAUUAAAAAUUCGUUGAUGACCAGA